AUGGAGCGUGGAAUCACUCUCCAAGGUAUGUCAAGUUCUGGUGCACUGGUCUUAGGCUUAUUGCGUCCGCAGGAAUUGGAGCACUGGAUGGACGAGAAUGGCUCUGACUUGAGCAGACACACUUAUGCAUAUGAUCAUUCAUCGUCACGUCGUAUCCUCACCAGCAUCCAUGAGGUUGAUCUAACUAUGUCGCACAAAGCUGAUGACCAAAAUAUCUCAGCUACUGAAUCGGACACUGAUUCCAAAGCUUCGGGCUCUGAGAGCACUGCAUCUGGCAUUGUGAGGGUUAGGAAUGACCUUGAGGCCCGUCGAGCAGAGAACUUGGUACACGCUGAGGCUAAGCUCAAGAAACAGGAGGAUGAGGCAUGCCAGGUGGCGGUUGAACUGUGGGUUGAGAAUAUGUGCCGACUGAGGAGAAACAAAGUGUCUCCAUAG